CAGACAUCAGCGCGCUGCGGCCGGCCGGCGGCCGAGCCCAGCCAGGCCCCGUGUCCCCGCCCCGCGCGCCAUGAUAUCAGACAUGGAUCUGCCGCUAGCGCAUGUGCCGCCCAGUUUCGGCGCGAUGGCCGUGCAGCACGUGGGCCAGCCGGCGGUGGCGCCGCCGCCGCAGCAGGGCGGCGGCGUCCAGUGCUACAGCAGCCUGGCCUCGUCGCCGGCCGCGAUGACCAGCGUCAACCCGCCCGUCUACUCGCACGUGCAGGUGUCCAACAACAACAGCAUCCUGGGGCCACCGCUGUUGGAUAACGCGUGUCUGUACCCGCCAGGCGCCACCAGCAUGGGCGCCAGCGACCACCAGUACAACCUGCACCAGGAGCUCCCCGACACCAAGGAGGGCAUCGAGGAGCUGUGCCCCGUCUGUGGCGACAAGGUGUCCGGCUACCACUACGGCCUGCUCACCUGCGAGUCGUGCAAAGGCUUCUUCAAACGGACCGUGCAGAACAAGAAGUGCAGCCUCUCACGAGCAUCAUCACCGAUGACGAAACACCGGUGA